UUACAAUUAGUAGCACAAAUGUUUCAGCCUCUUUAUUAGAUUUUACAGUAGACCAUUCAUCCGAAUUUGAUUCCAGUGCUCCUGCUUUUUUUUUCUUCCCGAGGCUACUGCAAGGAUUAGCCGUUUUAAUUUGUGCUCAGUACGACAAACGUGUGGGUGCUCCUGUUACACAAAAGCACAAACCACCCUUUGUUUGUCAGCUGUUAUUUCUCAGCUGUCGUCCACUACGUACUUCGGUUCGAGCGUUCGAGCGUUCAUAAAUUCUCUGUUUGUGUCACUGGCGCAUUGUCUGUGGUUUUGCCGAAGAACGCAGCUGCGCUUAUAGCCGGCUAUCCGCAUAUCUGCAGUAGAUAAGGAAAGGCUUGGAAAGGUUUAGGAGGUUCCAUAGUGUAGGUACAGGAAAGGGAUUCCAGAUGAGAAGAAGACAAACCGAUUAGCUGUAUGUCCUUAUUGAAAGAAAGAGACUUAACAUGGGAAGUGGAAAGUGUGGUUCAUGUUAGUGCUGGAAACAUUACUUCAUUCCUCCUAAGCUUGCGUGUUCGGUCUCUUAGUAAUGUCAUCGCUCAUUUACGGAUAAGGACACACAGGGUCCUCGUCUGAGAGAUCCAGUGAACGGCCGGUUCUUCUCUCAGUGCUGGCAAAUAGAAACUCUGAUAAAGACUAAGGCCAUGUCCACACUAAGAAAACGUAUAUUUUUCUCAGUUUUGGCCUUUCAUCCACACUGAGGCGGCGUUUUAAGUCAACGGAAACGUAGCCGUCGGAAGACACACUCCAAUUUGUAAGCGCCGUCUUCGCGUCUCAGUGCGGACUGUGAAGACGGAGGCUUUUGAAUACUAUGACACAUUUUUAGUCAUGUGAUGCAGUCGAAAACGAAUAAACGCUUAGCGGAAAUGACGCAGGUCGAAGCUUCACUCAUGCUUAGUAGGAAGAUGUAAGCAUUUUUAUACAUUUCAGUGUGGAUGAGCAACUUUUGGAAAACGUUUCAAAACGAAAAUGUGGACGCGGAGCGUUCUUUAGACGUAAACACCGUUUUCAAAUAUAUCCGGAUUAGUGUGGACAUGGCCUAAAGCUGACGAUCUCGGGAUGCCGUCGUCUUGUUGACUUAUCAUCAAAAUACACGGCGCUAUCGAAUUCUCCAUUCUUUUUUUCCAGAAAUUAACGACGUGCCGUAAUUAUCCGUUUUUCUGUAAAUAUUCGUUUUUCCUCAGUGGAAAGUUUUUGCACUUUGUUUUUCCAUGGGUUUUUUUUUCUCUCCUUUUUUUUUCUUUUUUUCAGACGAGAGAAAUAAAUAGACCGGUGCAGGGAAAACCAGUUUAUAGCUGCUAUAAUACAAGAGAUUAACAAGACCUAACGCGUCUUUUGCGAGCGUUUCACGACGUUAAACGUAGCCGCAAGUGGACGAGAAGUACGAUGAUGUAGAUGUUGACAGUAAGGAGAAAUCAGCUGUGAACAUCAUGUCGCGUGUCGAACGGGUAGUGAAAGAGAUUUAUUGUACCGUCACAUGGAAACUCAUGGAGAUGGGAGCCGGCUUUAACCGGACCUUUAUGUGGAGAACACGACCUCACCAUACACUCUCUCUCCUUCUCUCCUUUUACUGUAAUGAAUUGUCUCCCGAUGCUUUGAGUUUCCAUUGUAUUGACUGUUUUUUUUACUCUUCUUUCUUUUUUGCUCUUUUUUUUUGUUUUUUUGUUUUUGUUUUGUUUUUGUAGGUAAGGUUUGUAGGAUCCUACCCUGCCCUUUUUGUGUGUCUGUGUAUAUAUAUGUGUGUGUGUGUGUGUGUGGGUGUGGAUGUUUUGCCAAAAGUGAAUUCCCUUUACAGUGUAGCUUAACGACCUCUCUUAGUUCCCUCCUGUAAGCUUACAAUCACUAAACUUUCUCUGCUGAGAAUGCCAGCGCUACAAUUCCAAACUCACACCAGAUUCUAAUCGUGUAGCUCACCGUAGGACCAAUGAUAGUCUUGCUGAUUUCGCUCACCCUUGACUAGAACAGUCAUUUUUGUCAUCCGUCAGUGUUUCUGGCUGUGACGAGGGUGUUUCUUGAUUGGCUCUGUACCUGAGAUUUGGGUCCGCUGAUUGGCUUUAAACUCAUCUCUGCCUUUACCCCUCCCAUGAUGAUGAUGAUUUAUUUUUUUUUUUUGAAUAGCUUGCAGAAUGAGCCUGAAUCUCUGCCCAUUUCCCCUCCCUCUUCCUUCGCCUCUUAGCCACUCUGUUGGUUUGCUUGUGUCCACUCUUGUGAAGUGACCGUACACGUGGUAAUGUGGGUGUGGUAUUUCCACGUUGUGUGUGGGGGCGUGUGCGUGUCUGCGUGCGUGUGUGUGUGUGUGUGUGUGUGUGUGUGUGUGUGUGUGUGUGUGUCUCACUGGUGAGGGGGUGGGGGUUCAGGUGUUUGGCUUGGCAGGGUAAAAAAAACCUCACACCAUCCUACAUUGUGUGUGUAAGCACAUGUGUGUAUAUAAAAAAUAAAACACUCUGCCAACUCUUCUCCCCUGUCCUGCAAAGCAUGCCGGUUUUCACCUCUCCGGAUCGCCAAUCUCGAGUUUUAAGCAGUGUAAAAAUGAGAGGACUCAUGGUGCUGCUCUAAACCCAGCUAUAUUUAACACACAUCUAUCUUCAGAACAGUAACGAAAAACACACACGAGUCGAUGCCUUUUUCUCAAUCAAUAAACCGUGACCCGCAUGACGGACGGGGGAUAGGGGGAAAGCAGGGCGAUGGAGAUUUGAUCUAAAGGUAGAACGGGAGGGAGACAUAACUAACAGAGAGAAUUAUAAGUCGUCAUUUUUAAAUAAUAAAUAAGGAUGCAUUGAUACUUCGAGUGGUAUCAGGUGUAGGUCUGAUGCCAUACGAUGUACUUUGAGCAGAUAUGAACACGAUCCACAAAACGCCAGCCAUCUGGAUGUACGAUCGAUCGUGUACGAUCGAUUCAAAGCAAACCAGGCUUCAAAUAAGGAAAAUAUAUAUUUUUUCUUUCUAUAAAGUAACCUUAUAAACCUCCGAACAAAGAUGCCUACACACAAUGGCAGGUAAGUGAAAAUAUGGGCUCUUGUUCGGUAUGUUGUUCGUCAUUGGCAGUGAAGGAUUACGCUUCCGUGACGAUUCAGUUUGAUUCACAAUACUGGAUAUUUGUCAGUAAACAGAGUAACUCCGAUACUUAAAUAUUGCUUCGACUUGCAUCUUAAAAAUGUGUGAAUUCUCUCAAAUUCAUCAUUGAUGGAAUAAUCAAAAUGUCUGAAAGAGCCGAAACAGAGCUCCAAAGUCAGAUAAAAUGCCCAACUAAAACGCAGACUUGUUCUCACGACGAACUGUGUUUACGUUUACAGCAUUUGGCAGACGCUUUUAUUCAGAGCGACGUACAUAAGUGCUUAUGUCUGUAACAUUGGAUACAUUAAUGCUGGCUCACUAGGUUACAUACUUAAGAUACCAUGAGUUUAAAGUUACAAUGAAAGUUUUUAUUUAUUUAUUUUAAUUAUUAUUAUUAUUAUAAAAGCAGAAGAUGGGGAAAGUGUUUGACGGUCACGAUACAGCAGAACACUGCAAGUGAAAACAAAUACAGAUUUUACGUACACAAGCCCUCUUUUAAAGACAAACAAAACCGUCACUCCUCAGUUAGCUUACGUUUAGAAAGAAGGAGCCUAAUCCAUUAAGCGCGUGCCCUUUCGUGGCCAUUAUUUAAAUGGGGGCAACGUGUGUACCGGCACUUGUCUGAACUACGUCUGGUUCACUGUUUGGGGAAAACAAACAACGCUAUCAAUGCAUCCCUAUUGUUUAACUCCAAUCCAGCUGAUAUAUUUAAGGAAGCGAGGGAUCCCAGAAAGCUAAGGGAUGGUGAGAGAGACUUUCCCUGCGAUCACCCAAAGCCUCCAUGGCGAUAGGGUGACGUCAAAGCCUCUGCCAUUGAACCCCUAAAAACCCCCGAGCCCUAACAGUUCACCCCUUGACCCCUGACCCCUCUCUGUGUUCCUCAAUCUUCCUGCUUAACCAAUUGGUGUUUCUUUUUUGCAGCAUUAUGAUCCUGGCCAUGUUGUGCUGAUGGUAAACUUAGUGGACGCACCGACCCCGUACCCAUCAUCGUCAAAUAUGAUGUCAUGGGAAUGGGACGCAUGGAAAUGGAGCUGGACUACGCCGAGGACGCAACGGAGAAGCGGCGAGUGUUGGAGGUGGAGAAAGAGGACACGGAGGAGUUGCGGCAAAAAUACAAGGAUUAUGCAGAGAAAGAGAAAGCCAUUGCCAAGGCGUUGGAAGACCUGAGAGCUAACUUUUACUGUGAGCUAUGUGAUAAGCAGUAUCAAAAACACCAGGAGUUUGACAAUCACAUUAACUCUUACGACCAUGCACACAAACAGAGGCUGAAAGAGCUGAAGCAGAGGGAAUUUGCCCGUAAUGUUUCUUCACGUUCCCGCAAGGGUGGAAGAAAGCAGGAGAAGAUGCUGCGACGUAUACACGAGCUGGCGGAGCAGAGGAAGCAGCAGGAAUGUGUUCCCGGUAGCGGACCAAUGUUCAAGCAAACUACAGUGGCAGUCGAUGGAGAAGAAGGUGGCUUCUCGAGCAUCGAUGGCAUUCCCAUGACCCCAGAUGGUUUGCCGGAGGAAUCUUCAGGAGAGGAUAAAGGAAAUGCUGGAGGCUUCGGUCAAAGUUCUCCAAAACCGGGACCGACUAUCAGUUUUGCUCUUCGCAAGAACAGUUCCUCACCCACACCGAGUGUCGGAACCCAUGCUCCCAAAGUUAGCGUGUCUUUCUCGUUUGCUAAGAAAGCACCUGUUAAACUGGAGACAGCUGCUGCUGUGUUUGCUGACCAUGGAGAGGAAGCAAUAGAAGGAGAAGAGGGCCAAGAAGAAGUAGUUGAGAAGAUGGCAGGGGAGGAAGGAGGUACAGCAUCCAGCACCGACAGCCCAGAGAGUACAUCAGGUGCCAUGGGUGGAGGGGAUGAGCAGCCACAGUCUGAUGAUGGGGGAACCCUGGCCUCUACUCUUAACAAGCUGAAAAUGAUGAUGAAGAAGGAGGAAGGUUACUCAGGGCAGGAGCCACAAUAUUAUCAUUACAUGCCUCCCGCACACUGUCGGGUAAAGCCGCAUUUUCAGUUUCUGCUCUUCAUGAAGGCCUCUGAACAAUGUGGUAGCCAGGAGGAAGAUGAGGAUGGGGAGGAAGAGCAGAAAUCAGUAGAAGUGGAAGAAGAUGCAGGACAAGAAGAGCCUAAAGACAAUGACUGCAAAUCAGAGACGGACACUGUGAAAGAGCCUGUAAAGGAGCAGAGUUCAAAUCCUUCAUCGCCCAAAUUAAAAACUGAAGAAGUAUCAGAUAUCACCACAGGAGUAGUAAGCAAUGCAGAUUCCUCAAGCACUGUUUCCCAAUCAACUGAAGCUAAGCAAGCGUCAUCUGAACCUCAAGACGCUGGCCCUCGCAUUCCGACAGGACCGUUUUUUCCCGUUUUAAGUAAGGAUGAAAGCACCACCUUACAGUGGCCUUCUGAACUUUUGGAGUUCACUAAGGCCCAGCCUUCACUAUCCUACAGUUGCAACCCCCUUUAUUUUGAUUUUAAGCUGUCCCGGAAUAAAGUCAAUAGAGGUGGUAAGGCAAACAAAGCUGGUAAACCAGCUAAUGCUGAUGGUGGAGAGGGUUCCAAGGCAGAAGAUACCACUAGCAAUGCAGCCACAAGUAGAGAAACUAGUACAGCAACACCAACACCAUCUGGUGUCAAUAUUGACAAAAAGGAUGACGCUUCGUUAAAAGAAAAGACUGCAGAGGACGAGAACAAAGACAAGAAGCUAGAAAACUCUGAGGACAUAGUUGGAGGAUCCAAGAAAAAGAAGAAGAAAAAGAAACACAAGAAGUUAAGCAAGAGAGCCAAACGAAAAGAAAAAGAGAAAGUGGAGGGGGAGACAGCGACAGAGACACCGGGAGAGAAGACCAAAAAGAAAAAGAAACACAAACGAAAGAAAAACAAAAAUAAAGUACGUGCCGAGGAAGAUGAGAAAGCAGGAGAAAGUAAAGAACAGAAAGACACGGAUGACAAAGGUGGAACCAAUUCCUCUGCUCCGAAUGCAGGAGGGACUUUGACUUCAGAUGGAGGAAAGAGAAAACGGCUACAUAAAGAAGUGUCGCAAAAGUCGGUUUCUCAAGAGAGCAGCACAGGAAAACCCAAUCUGUCAGAAGAGCACAGUGGUACAAAACGUCCCAAGCCUGACCCAAGCACAUCAGUGGCAUCCUGCUCUGCCUCUGCACAGAAAAGCCCCGUGGGUGGUCGACCACCGACGAGUGAAAGUGAUGAAGAUGGAGGCUCAGCAUCUCAGCGCUCACGCCGUCCUCAUCGUCGCAAUAGUCCUCCACGUGAACGGCAUCACCGAAGUGAAGACUCUGGACAGUCAGGUCGCUCACGGAGUCGUUCUUCUCGCAGAGGAGAUCGUAAUCAUCGGCGCAACAGAGGACAGAAAUCUCAUAGUCGAUCAUAUUCAAGCAGCUCUGAGCGUUCCUCUGCAAGAAGCAGCGCUUACAGUCGCCGCAGCCACAGCUACUCGGACAGCUAUAGUGACUACAGUGAUGGAGAACAUCGCAGGACAAAAAGACGGUCUUCGGACUCUGAAUACGAGAGGAGAGGCGGAGGACGGUCACACAGACGGCAUUACUCCUCCUCGUCCUCAGAAGACUCUCGUUCACGGUCACGCUCGCACAGCCGCAGAAAGCACCACAGACGGCGGCGUCAUCACAGCAGCAGCCGCAGUUACAGUCGUAGCAGCAGGAGCAGCAGUGCUCACUCAUACCGACACAGCAGCUACAGCCGUAGUUGCAGCUCUGCCAGUCGCUCGUCCAGCUCCACCAAAGGCUCACCACAACGGCACAGUCAUAACCGACGGGCUGACAGCUCUUCGCGGAGACGUGAUUUCAACCGCUCUCGUAUCUACCGAUCACAGUCUCCGAGGUCUUCCUCGUCCCGUGCACAGCCACGAACCAGCAACUCAACACAAGUAACAAAAGGAAGUGGGGGAGGAGGCGGUGCUUCAGAGCAACGGAACUCACUCACAGCACGACAGCUUCUCGAAAGAAUCCAGUCUCGCAAGGGUGGUGAAGAUUCUGGAACAGGAAGCAAACCAGGCACCAAAAUUAAGGACCCUCCACAGGGCUACUUUGGGCCCAAGCUCCCCCCUGUACUUGGAAACAAGAACAUGUUGCCCCUGUUUGGUAAACUGCAAGCAGGGAAGAAACCUUCAUUACUUUCUGUAAUGCGAACAAAUGAUGGGGAAAAGUCAGGGCUUGGAAAGGUUCCUGAUACAAGUAAUGAGGUGAUUCUUGUGGAGCCCAUUCGUGAGUUUCCUCCUCCACCCCCACCACCACCUCCACCAGUUCAGCAGCAGCAGCAACAGGUGGAGGAGUCCAACUCAAAUACCUUAGUUUCAGAUGAGGUCAGAAACCAAGCCGUAGAACCCCAAGUGCUUCAUGAAUCACGAUCAAUUUUUGAGCAGGAAUCGGCUAAGGUUAUGCCUGCAUACCAAGUUGAGCCUGGACAAGACCCCAACAACCCAAUGAUGGAUGGGUGUAUUCUGGCAUCUGACAUGGGUCAGCAAACAGCCAUGCACGCCUAUCAAGGCUACCCAGUGCCCAAUAUGGAGGAGGAGGACAUAGGCAUGGAGGCUGAAGAGGAUGGCUUGGCACCUCUGGAGAGCCAGCCAAUUACAUUUACCCCAGAGGAGAUGGAGAAAUACAGUAAGCUACAACAAGCAGCACAGCAACAUAUUCAGCAGCAGCUUCUUGCGAAACAGGUGAAAACGUUCCCCUCAGCAGCAGCCGCCGCGGCUGCGGCCAAUUUGGCCGCCGCUGCCAGCCUUGCCCCUGCUCCGCCUCCACCACCUGCGCUACAACAAAUCCAUAUACAGCAGCCUGCUGUGUCUGCAACUUCAGCAACAUCAAUUACAACAGUUCAACAUGCCAUACUGCAGCAUCAUGCCGCUGCCACGGCAAUGGGCCUCCACCAUCACAAUCCACACCACGCCCAUCCUGCUCAUGCUCAACUCGCCCAAGUUCACCAUAUACCACAACAUCAUCUCACCCCUAUUUCUUUGUCACCUUUGGGCCACACAUUAGCCCACACUUUAGGGCACACUUUAGGGCACACUGGCUUGAUUCCAGCCCACCAUUCUGCCUUCCUCCACGGGCAACCAAUCCACAUAAUCCCAGCGUCUGCCCUCCACCAUGCCCCAUUAGCUUUGCAUCAUGUACCCCAUGCAGCCCUUUACCCUACUCUCUUUGCACCACGGCCAGCUAGUGCAGCUGCAGCAGCAGCUCUGCAACUUCACCCUCUUCUACACCCCAUUUUCUCAGGGCAAGACCUUCAGCACCCUCCCAACCACGGCUCAUGAAACGAAAGGGUGUUCGUUCUUUACAAAGGUUGUCCUUUUUUAUAAGGAGUGUGAGAGGUAACCUCGCUUCUGGGUAUCAAUCCUCUUUUCCAUCAAUGGUUGCCUCUCAAAUGUAACAGUUGGACAAAUAAAGGGGUAAUAUAAAAAUAAGAGGAAAUUAUGGCUUCUUUACAGUUAAAAUUGUAGGGGGCGGGGAUGGCAAAUGCUCAUAAACCAGUUUCCGAACAAUUAUGAACGAGUUCCUGUUAAAGCCUGCCACCGAAUCAGGUUUUUUCCCCGCAACAGUCAAACUAAACUAUAUAUUAUUCUAUAUGGUCUUAUUUUGAACCCUUGUAGCUAAAGAGACUUUCUGUGCACAGUAAUGAUGUGGGCCUAUAAACAAUAAUUAUUGUAAACAACUUUACCUAUCUUUUACUUAAAGAACCAAAACAAGAACAGGAAUUAUGUGAGAGGGAUCGAAGCCAUAUUUCAUACCUAAUGUAACUUUCAAUGGUUUGAGAUAAAUCGUUGAUAAAAAUGAAGAAAACUAGACACAACCGAGGCGCUUAACCUCGAUGUCAGAUGAUGUUGAUGUUCGUUCUGUUACACUGUCUUAGGUUGCCCCUACGCUCUGAUGGACUUAAGUUGCACUGAAAAAUGGACAUCAAGAUGCUGCUUUUGCAUCAUGUAAGAACUGUAUGAUUGUAGUAUUCUGCAAUAAUUUUUUUAUUUGAUUUUAAAUUAUUUUCCAGGUUUUUUUUUUUUUUUGAGCUUUCCCUUGUGUAAUUUACAUCUUUGUAAAUAGGUAUUGAAGUAUUGUAAUAUAAGCUGCCUUUGUAACUGUUUAAAAUUAGUACAAAAAGGAUGAAUUAAAAAAAAAAAAAACUAAACAAACAGCAAGGAAGUGGUUUGAUCAGGUAUGGUACAAUAGCUUGUGAACCUGCUGUAAGUGGAGCGGUUAUCAGGUGAGUCUGUGAUGUAAAGGGACUGGGACUUAGGGGCGAGGUGUUGCUGCAUAAUGGAUUGAUUAAACGAAAGCAACGAUAUUUACUUUUUUAUUCUUUAUUGAUGUGUCAGAAAAUAAAGCAUUUUUGAGACCUAAA